AUGUCCGGUUACACCUAGUAUUAUGUGAAGUUGGAGUAAAUAAGACUGAUUAUAUUUAAGGAUCAAGCAGAUAAAAUACCAAGGCAUCAAAUAGAUCUAAGAGGAGCAAAGAUAGAAGUUAAUCAGUCUAACUCGAGAGAAUUUGUGCUAACAAUAGGUCUUGAAAAUCUCACUAACACGCAAAUAUAAGACAGCAAAAAAAAUGGAAGUAAAGCAGAUAGCAACAUAAAAAUUCAGAAAUUCUUCUUUUAAUCAAGGGAUCCACGAGAGCGAGAUUAAUGGGCAAAAGAAAUUAAUGAAAGUAUAAAGAGAGCAAAUAACAUUAUCCGAUACAAAAAUGUAGAAUAGGAUUCUCGUGUUACAAGAAUGAGCAAAAAGGCUUUAAAAUCUCAUAAGGAUAGCAUUUAUGAUGCAUUCUCUAGUACUCUUUUUGUAGAUGAAUGUGGCAUUAAUCAUUAGCUCACUGCAUUUCAAGAGAUUGAGGUUCUAUUUAAGACUGAUAUAGAAGUACUUUUGGAUAUGGUUAAGAGUACUAUCGAUGAGGAAAAGGCAAAUCCUAUUUUAAAGAAGAUAAACGGAAUCAAAAAUCAACAUAAGACUAUGAGCAGUUUGAUUAAGAAUAUUGUUGCUGAGAUUGAUAAUACUAGAGAAAAAAUGUUUAGAAUUUUAGAAAGCUAUGCAGCAAUUGAAAUACUCAAAAAUCCCAAAAAAUUCAAUAGGAAGAAGCAAUAAAUGCAGCUGAAGAAUAAUUUUAAUAUUGAUGAUGACGUGCAGCCCAAAUAAACUUUUGAGUCACACUCAUCAAAUGACAAUAGAAGUUCUGCUAAUUAAGAUUCAGACAACAAAAGGAGAGCAUAUUUUUUAUUUGAAGAGGAAAAAUCUAAUGAUAGAGGGACCACUCUGGAUGAAAACUAAUUCAAUUACAGACCUUCAACUACUAAUGGUUCUAAUUUCGACGAUAACGAGGUAUAAUUUGGUCUUGAUUAAGAAGAAGAGCUUUUCCAAGAUGCAAACGAAGAUUUGAUACUUUAAGAUCAACAACUAUUAAGACCCGCAAAAGUAUUUAUCCAAGAUAUACAGGAGGAAAGAAUUUCAUUGCCACAUAUGAGAAAUCCAAAUCAAAAAAUCAGCUUUUGGCAAGUUAUGAAGGAUCUAAUAGGUAAGGAUCUUACAAAAGUAUCAAUGCCAAUAUAUUUUAACGAACCGUUAUCUCUUAAUCAAAGACUUGCUGAAACUCUAGAGUAUAAUUAUCUUCUUGAAAAGGCAGCAGAAGAGGAUAAUUCAUUAUUAAGAUUGGCUUAUGUUGCUGCUUAUUCUGGGACUAGAUAUAGCAGUGUAAUAGGGCGAAUGCAAAAACCAUUCAACUCUCUACUAGGAGAAACAUAUGAACUAGUCACUAUGAAAUAUAGAUAUGUCAGCGAACAAGUUAGCCAUCAUCCUCCAAUUACUGCUUAUCAUUGCUAAGGAAGUAAUUAUGAAGUGUUUACCUAAGCUGGAACUACAAUGAGAUUCAAUGGAAGGUACGUUUUAUUUGCUCCAAAAGAUCGUGUUUAUGUUAGGCUCACUCUGAAGGAUGGGACAAAAGAACUCUUUUCUUUCAACUUACCAGCUACAUCUGUACAUAACCUUAUCAUAGGCAAAGUUUACGUUGAUGUUAAUGGUAAAUCUCAAAUUUUGAAUCAUAGUACAAAUGAAGUUUGUGACAUUGAAUUAAAGGAAAAAGGAUGGAGUGGUAAAAAUGCUAAUUAAAUGAUUGGAAUCAUAAAAAACUAACAAGGCAAGUUAGCAUAUAAAGUUGAAGGCUAAUAUACCGGCAAAUUAUAUAUAACAGACAUGUCACAGCCAGUUCCUACUCCCUAAGAGGUUUGGAGCUUGAAUAAAAAACCUGAAAACUCAGACUGGAUGUAUCAAUUUUCUUACUAUACCCUGCAAUUGAAUUACCUAACUGAUGCACUCAAGGAAAAACUUCCUCCUACUGAUUCAAGAUUAAGACCAGACUAAAGAGCUCUGGAAAAUGGUGAAACAGAUUUAGCCAUAAGAGAAAAGCACAGACUUGAGGAGGCUUAGCGAGCAAGAAGAAAAGAACUUGAAAAAGAGAAAGGAAAACAUCUUCCAGCAUUUUUUGAAGAGAACUUAAUUGAAGAAACAGGAGAAAAGAUCUACUUAACUAAUGGUAAGUACUGGGAAGAUAGAUCAAAUAAAGAGUGGAGCAAACUUGUAAGAAUAUUUGACUGA